UCAGAGGGUACAAACUACAUUUAAGGAGGUACCUCUUAAUCAUCUUAAAAGAAAACAUAGUGGAAGUAAAACAGAAGAAGUAAAGAAGAGACUGAGGGUGUGGGCUUCAAAAGACGAAGAGAAAUUUAAUUAAGGAAUGAGUUAGGGGAUGUUUCGUAUCAGCUGCAGGUAGUUUGAUAAGACAGCCGUAACGCUGUGAGAGGAGAUUUUUGGACAUCCUUGAGUAGAUAACUGAAACCAGUUUGAGGACUUCUCGCUGGAAGCAUCAUGUCUCGUUCACAACUUCUGUUUGUGCUCCUGUGCAGUCUACCGUUGGCAGGAUGUUUGCGCUGUUUCACCUGUGUAUUCCCCGCCAUCUCUCCUCUGGACUGCUUUAAGUUUCCUCAGGAGUGCCCAGCCGGGCAGCGCUGCCUGUCUAGUACUGCGAUUGGAAAACGGGGCUCACUACAAGUGACAAUGUACGAGAAGAGCUGUGCCAUUCCCACCCAGUGCGGUGUGAGCGGACAGAAAUACACCACAGGCCUCUACUUCAACUACACCAACGUCUGCUGUGAUACAGACCUGUGUAACGGGGCGGUGUCCGUUGCUGCCCUCAGCUGGGGAGGAGUCGCUCUCUGCCUGCUGCCUGCACUCACUCUCCUGCUGGCCUGAGCAUCAGUAGUGAUGAUGGGCUGGAGGUCUAGACGUGCUCACACUUAACACCAAAUAUCAAAGAUGUAAGUGACUUGGAAAAGGUGUACACUCCCAGGCACAUGAGCAUGCACUUGUAAGCCACCAGGGACUGAAAACUCCUGUUUUAAGAAAGAAUGAACAGGGAAAGUGUCCUAGUGGCCAACAAGAAAAUCAUAUUACUGAUGUGGUAUUUUUAGAUGCCUGUCUUAUCUAAUAUUUUCCUACUCAUAGUUUCCACUUCUUAAAUAGGCCAAGAAAUAUACCAGUACACCUAAUAAUGUAAAAUCCAAAAUGUUUGACAGUUGUGUUAAGUGACAGUGUAAACAGUUACAAUAAUGCAUAUACCACAAGUGACCAAGUAUAGUCAGUAUACAUAAUACAUUUUACCCCAAGUUCUAUUUUGUGGCUGUUCUGCAGCUUUUGAUCACAUCACCUGAUAAGCACCAAAUUAGAAGACGGUUAAGACUUCUUGCCCAUGUUAUCUUUGUAGAUGAAAAUCAUGUGGUCUGAAGCUCCAGAAAAUCUACUAAAUGGACCUUGAAGCGAGAGACUGUGUUGUGAACUGCAGUUUCCAAUUUCAAGAAUGAACUUUUACACCAACCAGAAGUCCUUAAAACACACAAACAGCUACAUUUUCAGAAGAGCUACUAAAUGGAUCUUAAGGCGUUUUCUCAAAUGAUUUGAAUCUUACAAAAUAUACUGUUUGGCCAUGUUUAUGAACCAAUAACGGUGCUAAUAAAACUUUAACAUUAAUAAACUAUACUGAAGAAAUGCCUUCUCAGUAUUAUGCUUAUUUGUGUUCUACUUUGUGUAUUGAAAAAAAUGUGUAUAGUCAUUGCUGUCUGAGCUCUGAGCGUCUCGCUUGUAUAGACUAGAAAUGUUGUCAUUUGCACCUUUUUGUACACAUUUUUCCUUGACCAUCUCCAUGUUGUUACCCUGGAAAAUUAUUAAAACAGUAAAUACAAA